ACGCAACGGCAGCAUCUACAUCGUUUCUCCAUCAGUCCAUCCCUUCUUUCCUCUAUUCUUCUUUCUGAAGCACAGUUGUAAACAACGGUUUAGUAAAGAGAGACAGAAGCGCUCGGAAUCUGCGGCUUGUUAUCAGGCCACAGUCACAACUAGAAAAAUGACUAAAGAGGACACUCCUGAUGUAGAGGAGGCCCAGCCUACCUCAGAGUAUACCAGUCCAAAACAUGAAUCUCGCAAGAAACCUAUAGUCCACCCAUCUGCCCAGGCCCCACUCCCCAAAGACUAUGCCUUCACAUUCUUUGACCCAAAUGACCCAGCCUGUUUGGAGAUUCUGACGGAUCCCUGCACCACCAUCCCUGAACUGUUUGCUAUAAUCCGACAGUGGGUCCCACAAGUGCAGCACAAGAUUGACAUAAUCGGCGAAGAGAUUUUAAAGCGUGGAUGUCAUGUUAAUGAUCGCGAUGGACUGACAGACAUGACUCUACUGCACUACAGCUGCAAAGCAGGAGCUCAUGGAGUGGGUGAUCCUGAGGCAGCCCUCAGGCUGACCAAUCAGCUGAUUGCUCUGGGUGCAGAUGUCAGCCUCCGCAGUCGUUGGACCAACAUGAAUGCUCUUCACUAUGCUGCUUACUUUGAUGUUCCUGAGUUGAUCCGGGUUCUGCUUAAAGCUUCUAAACCUAAAGUUCUCAAUUCUGCCUGCAGUGAUUUCUACUACGGUACUGCACUUCAUAUCGCUGCCUCCAACCUCUGCCUGGGAGCUGUCAAGUGUCUUCUGGAGCAUGGAGCCAACCCUACAGUCAGAAAUGAUAAGGGCCAAGUCCCUGCUGAUGUGGUUCCUGAUCCUAUGGACAUGAGCCUGGAUAAAGCAGAAGCAGCCAUGGUGGCUAAAGAGCUAAAGCAAAUACUGUUAGAUGCUUUGCCCCUCAGCUGUAACCUUCCCCGUGUCACCUUGCCCAACUAUGACAACAUUCCAGGCAACCUCAUGCUGUCUUCUCUCGGCCUGAAGUUGGGUGAACGUGUGGUUCUGGAUGAUAUGAAGACGGGCACACUUCGUUUUUGUGGAACCACUGAGUUUGCUAGUGGCCAGUGGGUGGGUAUUGAGCUGGAUGAACCAGAGGGCAAGAAUGAUGGGAGUGUGGGCGGAGUCCGCUACUUCAUCUGCCCUCCAAAACUGGGAAUCUUUGCCCCUGUGUCCAAAAUCAAAAAAGGUGUGGAUCAAACCCCUUCCUCAGUCACUUCCACUCCCAAAACCCCCCGCAUGGAUUUUUCCCGUGUCACUGGAAAAAUCAAGAAGGAGAAAAAAGAGAAAGAUCGUGAGAAGUCUUUGAAGAAGAAAUCUCUGUCAGUGGCCAAUCUGGAUCCUGAUGGAGUGAAGAUUGAAGUGGGAGACCAGGUUCUAGUGGCUGGACAGAAGCAAGGAAUUGUGCGCUUUUAUGGCAAAACAGACUUUGCACCAGGCUUCUGGUUUGGUGUAGAAUUGGAGCAGCCCACUGGGAAACAUGAUGGCUCUGUGUUUGGAGUUCGUUACUUCAGCUGCCUGCCCAAAUAUGGAGUGUUUGCACCACCUUCACGCGUUCAAAGAAUUGGAGGACCGAAAGAAUCCCAGGGUGAUGGGAAGCUUGUGAAGAAAGUUCACCAGGUGACUAUGUCCCAGCCAAAGCGUAACUUCAGUGCGAUGAGGUCUCCCAAAGACAUCACCUCCGAGAACUCCAUAUCCAGCAGGUUGCUGUUCUGCUGUUGGUUCCCCUGGAUGCUACGUGCAGAAAUGCAAACCUAAUUUCACUACUUCUUACUCCACUUCCCCCCAUAAUUCUUAUAGUCCUUCCUAAAUGAUAUAAUUCCCCUUUCAAUUACCAUUUACAUUUAUUCAUUUGCAGACACUUUUUUUAAAGCAACUAAAUGAGACAAAAUAUAAUAAAAAUUUGAGGAUUAAAGUUUUUGCUCAAGGUUCUGUCAGUUCUUUGGCUUUAAACCUUAAAGCACUGAGCUAACACAACCUGAGCUGCCAUCCAUCUUGAACGGGUUUUUUUCACUAAGACACACUAAGUCAGAGGCACAAAUGUGCAAGGUCCCUCUCCCAGCCUCCCCCUUUGAUUACAGUUCAAUAGCAAAAACUAGUGCCUUGUAAAGAAACAAUGUCCUGCAUUCCAUUUGUUAAAUGAUCAAAGAAUUCUGAAUUAGGGAAAAGAACCCUAAGAAAAGCCAUUCAUUGUUACAAAAAUAUAAUAAAACCCUAAUUUUAUGUUGCCAAAAAUCACCCUAAAAUGAAGGCCACAAAAACAAAUACACAGAAGUCCUUGUGUUGCCUUGGUUGUGUUUUUCAUUGUAAGAAGCCGGUUUAUUCAGUGUGUUUCCCCAUACCCUGGCCUACAAUUGUGGCUGCUGUUGCUUCAUUGUGGACUGUUAUAAUUUUAGGGUUCAGUAGAAAACCAAGCUUUUAAAUGCCUUUUCAUUAGUUAGUUAGUUUAGUAGUUAUUGGUUGUAUGGAUAAUUACUGUCAUUCUAGGAGAUGUUAAAUUUGCACACACAAUUACAUAAAGUAACACUGAUAUCUAAAGCUACAGGAGACAGGUUUAUUAAUAUUAUAAUUGCUGUUCCCAAUUGAAGUAUGCAAAAUAUUCAUAUUUAUAUGUGCUCUGCAUGACAGUGGGCAGAAAUGAGUGUAUGGGAUUUAAUAAUUCUGCAAUUAAUAGUAAUGUACACUACCAGACUACACUACAUACUUUAAAGGGUUAAUUAAUAAACUCAUAUCAUUCUGUCAUUUUCUAUGUAAACCAGAAAAUAGGACAAAUACUAUCCUAGUAUAAUCACUUGUGGUAAAGAAUAAGUAUAUUCAGUUAAUUAACUAAUCAGUAAAAUUAUAUAAUGGAGUGACACUGACACAGAUUUAAUUCUAAAAGUCAUUUUAAAAAUGUAUAAUUUCUUGAGUCAAAGAUCCAAUAAUACUCGGUCUAAAAUAAAUUGUACAUCAUUUUCUGAAAUGUCUAUAGAUAUUUGUUUUCUGUUUUAAUAGGUCUUAUUAAUGCUCCACUUCAGCAGUUCUAACAGUCAAAAAAGUGUGUAAAUAUAUCUGUCAGCUAGUGCUUAGAUAAAUAAACAUUAAUAUUUAACCUACGUCAAUUUGCUCUGAACAUGGCUGCCACAUUAGUGUACAUAAGCACAGCUUGACUGAGAGCUAAGAUCUUUCUCUGAACUAUCUGCCCUUAACUAAUUUAACUGCUUUGGGUCACCUCAGUUACCUUCAUCCAUAAGCAGCAUUAAGAGGACUCAUCACUGUCCUACAGCUAUUGGCUAAAUGUGGGGGGGGAAAUAGCUUGUGCACCUUUUCUACAAGCAACUUGAUCCACAGAAAUGCAAAAAAAAACAACACAUGCAACACUGUUUAACAGAUCUAGGUAUUUGUUUCCAUAGUGUUGUCACACUGGAACUUAUUCAUGUAUUAUUAAAUUUAUGUAGUGCAAAGAUCGUCUCUGUAGUGAUAUGAGACUAGUGAAAGGCAUUUAAUAUUGAGUGCAAAACAUCCUACAGUAUAACCAGUAGUAAACACAAUCACUCAAAUGUGGCGAUUUGUGAUAAGUGUAUUGUUUUAGGGUGACUUUUUAAACUAUACACCUUUCAGUAAAAUUAUACUAUACAUAUUUCAUCCAAAUACUAUGACUUCAAUUUCAGAAAUAGUGGGUAGAUAUUUUAACUGCAAUUUAGAGUGUAUAAAGUAUCUCUGUUUCAUUCCUUACCAGAUCAAGUCUUUAUUGCAUUUUGUUAAUCUACACAGUCACAUAGGCCACUUGAUAUUAUUGAUUUGUAAACAUUUAUUUGUCCAAAAAGAUAUAUUUUGAUAAUUUCACUAUGUAUUUUUUAAUGUGCAUCAGUUGGACAACCUGGUGACUAUAUCCAUGUUUAUGUGUUGAUGUGAACUAUCUACUACAAGAAAUAUUUGUGAUGAUUGUUAUGCUUGGAGUCAGUUCAUGGUUUGCUAACUAGGCUACUGCAUGCUGUUACUGUGAAUUUGUGCUUCUUUCUUUUUCAGCAGUGUAUUAGCAUGUUAAUAACAUCAAGUGGAAAUUCUCCCCUUAUGGAUAUACAAUUAAUAGAUAUACAAUUAAUAAACAUUUGGUGUUUCGUACAUUGGUUCCUGUUGUGAUUUGUAGAAAAUUUGGUGAAAAAAGACAACAGUGCAGUUUAUGUGAAACAUCAAGGCUUUAUUUUGUUUCAAAACAGAUAUUCUGCUGUAAAUAAAAUAAGAUAA